AUGGGAACAGCAAUUCUUCGUUCCCACGAUUGCCUUCAAGGGCGAUUUCGCAACGACGCUUUGGCCCUUGCCACCUCACACGUUAGAUCUCCAAGAUGUUCUAACAACCCUAACCCUAACGUCAAUUUCUCCUCUCACCGGAACCGCCGCCGGAAGCGAAGUCCGGUGAACAACCAUCACACCAUUCGCCACCGGUCUGGUGAUCGACCGGCAAAGAAAGUUCCGGCCGCCGCGAGCCUUGUAUCUGGCCAAGUCAAGAUCCUCAAGAGAGGCGAGAAAUGGACCCCGGAGAAUAGACACAUAGAGGCUCGGGCUAAGAGCGUUGAUAAUUUGGAUCUGUUGUUAGGAUCCACAAAUCGGUUAGGUCCGGAUCCGGUUAUGGUGCAGAGGCAGAUUAUGGUUCCGGUUCCGAAGGAUGUGAUCUACGCCGGAUCGGCGUUUGUUGCGUCUCCGCCUCCGAGCUCCGUUCCGGUUCCCGCAUUUUUAGGGAAGAACGGUGCCGCCACGAGCGAUCUAAGGCGGUUGCUUGGCCUUGAUCUGGAAUAAUCAAAGAUAGGAUCUGCGAUGCGGUGCUGUACUCGGUGGAUUAGUUGUUUGUUUGCAGUUUGGUUUUACUUUUCUUCCUGCGUAGAUGUCUCGACGCGCUUCCUUUAUUUUUUCAAGAGGACAAGCCGUUGAGGGCGAGGAAAUGAAGAAAGUGUUAAAAGCAAAGCAAAGCGAAGGUUACCUAUCAUAGGGAUUGAAAGGAAAUGUUCGAUGAUGAUAUUCAUAGAUGAUUAGUCAAUUAGCUAGUGUUAGUUCUACAAGUUGAAUUUGCAAGGGUUGAACGAAAGUAUGAUUCUCUUGUACAUUCCUAUAGUAUCGUAAUGUGCGUCUGAUCUAGAAUUUGGAUUUAGGUUGUCCCUACCUGUGUGUUCGUUUUCUUCCUCUUUUUUUUCUUCUUCAAAAAUGCUAGGAGGUUGGUUGUAUUGUGUUGUUCUCCUUCUAUUAUUACCUAUGUAGCUAUAGAAUUUCAUAGUGUAAUUCAAUAAAAUCUCCUUGCAUUC